AUGACGGCCAUUCAAGCACCCGUCGACACCGCGUCUGCUAUGGAGGAGAUUCAUGGAGUGGAUGUAUCGUGGUUGCAUCACUCGACUCGAGACCAUCACCAUCGCCAACAGGCACCGUCGUCGCCAGGCCUGAGCAAAGAUGCGCCGCCCAAGACGUCCUCGCAUGGCGGCCUCCCCGAUAGACCCCGCUCAUCACACCAAAAUCACGAGCCGAAGCCGGAGACCACCAGGCCCGCAUCGCCCCCACGACCGCCGCCGGCAGCAGCAGUAAAGGGAGGGCAACCAGCACCGCCAAAAUCUGCGACGCCGCCCCAGAAGAUAGCGCCGCCUAAGCGACCAACGCUGCUUAGUCGGGGCAGCAAUGAGAAGAAUGUCAGUGGCACCACGCCGCCAGAUGGCAAGGCCUUGUCACGGCGCGGUUCGUGGAUGAACAGCAUCAGCUCCAAAUUCUCGUCACAAAACUCGCCUGCGCAAACUACACAUACACAGGCUCAAGGCUCGCCCGCUGCUCCUAAUGGCGCCGCCCAUACUACGCCCUCGGCCAACGGCGCCCUCAACGGCAUCCAGGCGGCUUCGGGACCCGCCUCUGAAGGCUACGUUCCACAACCUCCCAAGAGCUCAUUCGUCGAGAAUGUGCUGCGACGCCUGUCAUCGGGCACCCAAGUGGGCACUGGGGGCAAAGCCCACCCCAACGGCGGCAUGUGUCCGCGCAAGAUCAUGAACGUAGACCCGAACCGAGAGCGAUGUCUGGUGCCAGAGCUGGACCAGAAUAAGCUGCGCAAGGUCGCUUUCUGUGUCGACGUUGAAAUCGCAGGAGGACCCAAGUACAAGGACGAUGCAGACACGGACGAUAAGAAGCCGAAGCGCAAGGAGAAGAAGCUCAAGGAGCGCGGCGAGGGCGAGGCACUGAAGAACCCCGAGACCGUGGCCGAGGAGAAGGACAAGGACGGUGUCAUCGCAAUCACCCAAGAAGUCGUGGGCAAAGACGCGGAUCCCAACCCCGAAGGCACCAUUGCCGAUGACGAGAAGCAGGAGCCGAGCAAGAAGAAGGAAAAGAAGAAACGCUCCGAGGCUGAGCGCAAAGAGCGGAAAGAGAAGAAGCGCCGGAAAGCUGAAGAGAACGGGACGAUACCUUUGGAGCUCACAAGAGAUGAGGACAGUGGCAGCGUUGAAGGAGUGCCCGCUGCCUCAGGGACCACGACACCGCGUGCGCAGGACCGGCCCACCAUCGACCCACUGCGCAUCUACCGAAGAUGUUGCCAGUUGCGCGAAUCGCCCAUCCUCAAACGCAUCAGCGACCAGCUCGCAGCCCCGCGCGCAUGCUCCGUUGUCCAGCCGGGAGUUGUCACAUGUCUGGAUUUGACUGGAUCAAGGUUACAAAUGGCCGAUGUCAUGACCCUGUCCGACUGGCUCGCUAUCGUACCCGUGAAGAAGCUCUUUCUGGAAGAUGCCGAUCUGAACGACGAGAAGAUCAGGGUCAUCCUCGCUGGUCUCCUCGCAGCUAAAGUCCCGGAGCCACCAAAAAUCCGUGAUCACUCGUCUGGUACUAGAGAGGGACUCUGUCAGCAAGGUUCCUCUGCCAUCAAGAAACUCGUUCUCAAGAACAACCCCAAGAUCACAGCCGAAGGAUGGAAACACAUUGCACUAUUCCUGUACAUGUGCAAAUCAAUCAUGGCAGUUGAUGUGUCCAUGAUACCAUUUCCCCAGCCUCCACCACAGGUGACUUCCCCAACUACCAACGGCCCUGCGAAUGGAAGCAGAACUGGCGAUAUCGCCGAGAUUUUCUCCAAAGCCAUAUCCGAGCGACUGGGCGGCUCCGAGCUCCAAGAGCUAGCAAUGGCUGAGUGCAAUUUGACCUCUUCCAGCAUCAAGAAGAUAAUUCACGGCUGCGUUAUUAGCGGCAUCCAGCGGGUCAGUCUUGCAACAAAUGACAUUGACGAGGAGGGUCUGGAGCAUAUCCUGCACUACCUACGCUCAGGUGUGUGUCAAGGAAUUGACCUGGGCGGCAAUGACCUUCGACCGUGGAUAGGAAAGCUCUGCGAGGGUAUUACCCACUGCAAGAAUAGCCUACUAUGGGCACUAUGCUUACAGGAUACUGGCCUCACACCCGACUCGCUCAAGACACUCUUCCCCGCAUUGACAGCACUACCCUCCUUUAAAUUCUUAGAUCUCUCGCACAACAGGGGUCUUUUCCUGGGCGAGACCUCACUAUGUCUUCUCCGGAAGUAUAUGCCACAGCUCAGGGAACUGAAACGCAUACACCUCAUGGACGUAGAUAUGACGCCUGAAGCAGCGAUUGCCAUUGCAGAAAUCCUACCCGAUUGUCUACAGAUUGCACACAUCAACAUCCUUGAAAACCCUGAGAUUACGCGUGUAGCGACCGCGACAGACGAAGAGACACAAGAAGAUGCCGCUGCGCUAUAUGCCUCGCUUACUCUGGCAGCCAAACUCUCGAAUUCGCUCGUAUGUGUGGAUGUCGACAUCCCAGCACCUGAACAGGGUGAAGUAAUCAAGGCCCUCGCCAAGCAGGUCGUCGCCUACUGCCUGCGCAACAUUGAGUCCAUCAAUGAAGUACCUGAGCUCCACGCCGCGCCGAAGCAAGUCGAAAUCCCGCAGAUCUUGAGGCAUCUCGUAGGUCCGGAAGACGGACAAUACCAGGAGAGUGAUAACACAUCGGCUGACAACGACAAUGACUACAUUGUUGGUGGAACGGGCAUUGUCAAAGCGCUCAGCUACUGCUUAUCUCACAAGGAUGCGGACCUCCGCAGGAUCUCCGGCAGUGGAACUUCUACCCCAAGGAGCAGAAGCAGGGUGCCGGUACUUGAAGAACCUUCUAAAGCAAGAGCCAUGUCGAAGGACUUGCUUGAAACGGCGCGGAAUACGCGGUCAAGGAUUCAGCCAGCGAUUAUUCGAGAGGCCAAGAGCGGCAAUGACAUGAGUUACCGCCGUCUUUUGUUCUUGGAUCAGACUUUGGAGGGUAUGAUCCAACGCUUUGAAGACGAGUACCCGGAAACACGUAUCCAGCCGUCUGAUGCCGCAUCCACGUCCAGCUCUAUACCUAGCAACUCUCCACCCACCUCAGCCGUACCUACGCUUGACGCUAGUGUCACAACAGACCAGACUGCACCCGAGUCGGAUGAAGACGAGCCCAUGAGAAUCCGUUCACGCCACAACUCCGACGUUUCCCUCGCCUCACGCAACAUGUCCCUCGAAGAAGGCCGUCUCCACCGCUUCGGCCACCGCGUCCGCACCGGCCUCCUCAACUCAUCCCGCCCCACCACACCCAACGCAUCUGAAAACCACGAAGCCUUCAUCUCCGGCUCAGCAGACUGCGAGGGCCUCCCGGAGCACAUUCUUGCUCUGCGCGAGUACUUUAUGAAGUACAGUGGUGACGAUAUGCGCACCAUGAUUGAAGGCAAGGGCUGGGAAGAGGCGUUUGACAGCAUUGUGGAAAACGCUGAGGAGCUGAGGAAUCUGGAACGCGAUGACCCGGCGCACUUUAAGAUUUUCAAAGACAGUCAGAUUGCGGCGUUGAAGAAUCGAAAUCCGGAUAUUUUUGCACCGGGGGAGAAGGGUAGGGGAUGUGGUGAGGCGGAUGAGUGUGCUGUGGAGGAUUAA